AUGGCUCUACCAAAAGCGAGCUUGUGUAACGGUUCUAGACUCUCACUCCUUUUUAUCACUGCAUGUGUUUGUGUGUACUGUGGCCCAACAGAACAAAGCCUUCGAAAGAAUGAGUCCGGUACAUUAAAGCAAACUAAUCUCAACGAAAAGUCGGGAUGGCUUCACCAUGAAAGGCUUCGCGGAGAGUUGUCGGAUGCUGUUACGCAGUGUUCCGACUCUCAAUGCUGCGGGGAUAAAAAAAACCAUCUGACCAUUUAGGUUGCUACUGCGAUGAAGCUUGCUAUAAAAUUUUCUCUGAUUGCUGUCCAGAUUAUGAAAAGCAAUGCGGUCGACAGCAAUUGCUCGAGGAUAAAACUUCAGUAUGGAAAUGUGUCGAACUUGAAGUGGAGAGAUAUCGAUGGAGCUGUCUCAUGGCAGGUUUGAUUGGAGUUUGGAUAAUUUCUAAAUCUACUGCCGUAUGCCGUAGAGGACUUUAUUCCGGUGGUAGGAGAGAAAGACGCGACAUAUUGGAAUAAGCAUUGUGCUGUGUGUAAUGGCGUGGAAAAUCACACUUCAUGGGAAGUUGAGGUUUUUACAUAUGUCAUUCCCCCCGAUGAGUUAGAUCUAGAUUCCAAACUGAAGUUUAUCGAAGACAAUGGGGGUUGGAUUAAGAGUGUUCUACCUGAUCCGGGACAACCUUGGAGAUUUUGUUUUGGAAGAAAUUUUAAAGACAACUGUAGUUCCACGAAUCACUUACUUUACAAGGCUUGUGUUGAAGGCCCUGUUGAAGUCGUUGGCGGUGAAGGCAAUUACUUUAAAAAUAGUGCAUGCGCAGAAUGUAAUGGAUGGGAUAAUAUCGACUCUUAUGAUAUAGACACAAGGUGCGAUGGGCCACAACCCCCUGGCCCCGACCCUGAAGGAUUUUCCAUCGUGUUUAACUUAAGAAAAUCGAGUAAAAGUUCAACAAUUACUUCUGCUUGUCCCCGCGAUACUGUUUAUGAUACAACCUUAAAGUUCUGUCGCGAAGGGUAUGUUAUUCCAUCCAGUGGUAAACUGACGAGUGAGUUUUUUAUAGUAUUAUGGUUCAAACUGUCUCGAGGAUGGAUAGCAAUUCAUUCAACCGUAGAAUAUAAUUUUAAAUUAGCGCUAAUUUAUCGGUUUUCGCUUCAAGACGAUCAAAUUUCAAAAAUUACUUUCCACAUGCCAAACCGAAAAUCACCGUCGCAUGAUUUUGUCGUUGCAACAUUUCGUUUAACAUUGACGCCAUUUCAAAGCUUACUGAUGGCUAACCAACACAAGUCCAUCUUUAAUGUUACAAACCAGAACACUGCUUUCUUGGAACUUUUGAACUUUACAGGAAACUUUGCCUUAUCUUGGGAAGAAAUUACUUUUAUUGUGGUCAAGAUGACUCCAAAACAGCUUUCAUGCUACGUCGAAAAGAAGCUUCAAUCACAUGAAUACAAAGUCGAUAAAGAAAAUGGAAGCUUGAUCGUAAAUAAAACAGGAAAAAUAUUUUCACUUGAGGAUCAUACUUUAAUUAAAGAAGUAGACGGAAAUAUCACAUUAUGUCGUAAACUGCAGCUGCUUUCAGAUUGCAACGAAGGUGCAUUUGUGCGUUUAAGUCCUCACGAAUACGUUGUCUUCAAUAAUUUGACAGUUUAUCACAAUGCAACAGAGAGAGUUUUCAAGUUUGGCGAGUAUCUAAUGAGUGAAAACAAAGGGACUACGAAUACUUCUAAUAUAACUCAGAAUUCUAUUUUAUCAAAUAAUUCAACGAUUUCC